AUGUAUUCCGGCGUGGACAUGGGCAGGAUCAUGCGGCAGCCUGGUCGACGUAUGAACCGCAUCGAUCUCAAUGCUGGUAGGGCCAGAGAAUCCCCAAUUUCAGGGAUCGCCCCUCUUGACAGAUGGCUCAUGAAUGUGCUCAGAGACGACCUGCAGGAAGAGGAGGUGCGAGCAGGAGCCAAUAUCGAACCUCGGCUGGAGGCGAUUGAUUCUCAGCACGAUGCUUCGGAGAGUUCCAGCUUGGACGACAUGAAUUGGAAGCCUUAUUGGUCCAGGAGUCUUGAGAAGCCAUUGCACAUCAGACGAGAUGUGGAAAUCACAGAAGGUACCGAGCUGCCAAAUACGCCCAACUCUCUCGCAUCUCUGGUGGCAGCGACGCCUCGUACACUUGCCGACGAAGCGCGGUCUUCCUUGACUAGCAUCCGAGAAGAAACCGCAGCAAUAUCACGACCUCUGGGCAACAUCGCCAUGCUUCAGCGAUGGCUCACCAAAGUGAGCGAUUUGAGCCAAGCCUGCGACAUUUUGUGGCACUCACACCACAAGGAAAUGAUUGACCCUGCGCGGUGUGACACCGCAUUGCAGCAAGUGGAACAAGAGUGCGAGCUCGUUCAUCAUCUGGAUGUCAGAAUUGCCUGGGACGCCCUCGACCAAGGGAAAUACGAAUCGUCGGAAACAGAUCUUCUGGUCGGCAUCCAGCAACUGAAGGACGUCCGCGAGCGCAAGACCCUUGCCUUCCUUGAUGAUGAGAUCUUGUACGACGCUCACAGAUUGAUGAAAGCACUUCUCGGUCGUGUGCAGACCUUAGAUCACCAGGGGACGAAGGGCAAGAGAAAGUCGAGACCAAGCAAAAUCGUUUCAGAUGGCUGGAGCCUCAAUCAAGUGCAGCUUGUCCGGAAAGAAGUUCGUCAGCUGGCCCAAAGUCGGCUGCAAAUUCUCGACUCAGUGUACCUUUUGGGUCGAGCAUAUUCCAAGGAAAAGCUUGUUGCAGAAUACGGGAAGCUGCAGUCUCAACUGUGGCCGCUGGCAGCACAAGGUAAACUGUUUGGCUUGGGCUCCAGAAACGAACAGUUACAGCGCGCGGUCGCUGAUGUGGAGAAGACAGUGCAUGCCGAAAUUGCUGCUCUGAAAUCGGAUCUCGAGAGAGCAGAUUACACAAGAUCGCUGAAUGAGUACGCUGGACAAAAUGCACGGGACAUGCUACAGGAUUCCAAAAUGACCGGUCUAACUCCUACCACGCCAAAAGUAGCCUUCGGACAGGCAGUGGCGAAGGACGACGAGAUCGCUGUCUUGAAGAACUACAUUUGGGAGGCAGCCAGACAGCUCGAUAAAGUCGUGUUCCUCGAAAGCGCAGAUCGCACCCGCAACGCUGAGCAGAUCGAGAUUGAUAUCAGAGGACAUCUCAGCGAGCUCAGCAGUAUUGUUGACUACAGCGACGAGCAUACCAGACUUCAAAUUGAUCAUGUCUUCGAGAUCGCAGAUGCUCUGCUGCUUGAACUGAGGAACAUCAAGACCGGGCCUACAUAUUCGCCGGUUGAUCCAGAAGUUCUUCCCGAUAGGACGCCUACCAAUGUCAACUUUGGUCCACUUCGGCAACGCUCUGAGCCACCGACCCCAGUACAACUUGUGCCUGCAAAGGAGGCCCGAACUGGGCAACCCAGCGACUAUCCAGCGAAACGAGCUCUCUGGCAACGCCAAUACAUCGAAAGCUUUGACACUCAUCAAGCUGACAGAACUUUGCCGCUGCCACUCCCUGCUCAGUUCUCGACUAGUGACGGUUUGGAACUCAGAUCUCUGCAGCGUGAGUUACAAAGUGUCGUCGAGGAUCUCGAAAGGUGGAGGACCAGCUACGAGCGCCUCACGUCCGUAUACGACAAGCAUGGAUCCAAGGGUAACGGCCAUGCCACACAGACAGGCCAGCCGAACAUGAGCAACGGCACAAAUUCAACCGGAGGUACGAGGUCUGCCGUACGAGUUUGGCCUUCACCGUCGGACUUGGUAGUAGUGCAGGACGGCCAGAUCAGCCACGAAGUGCUGAUAUCACCAUUGAGCAGAUUGAACGAUAUCCGGAGCGAAUUCGAGAGCAUGUUGCUGCUGCUAAGUCUCGAACGCAAGAGAUCGGAGCAAGCCAGGCCGGGAGGCCAAAGCGUUGUACAGUGCAAUGACCUCGAGCGUACCGCUAAUCAAGCUCUGGACUACGUGCUUCAGUGUUUGCUUGACUUAGGCGAGCGGAGCAGCGAGCUUGAUCAAACAAAGGUCACUUUCGAGCAGGCACAGCUGUAUGCCAGCGUUGCUUGCUGGGUCGGAUUGAAACAGGGAAGCUUCGUUGGCAGAUACAACAAUGUCCCUCAGCUGGAGGCCGCCCAGGCAGCCAUUGAGGAUAAGUUCGAUGCAAUCAACAAAAAAGCCUGUGGCGAAACUGUGCCUGCAGAACUGAGAAGUAUGGCACUCAUACUGGACCAGCUGGAGUACCAUCGGACUGGCACGGAUCGACUGGCGGAGGUCUGCACUGCGCCUGUUGACGUGGAGGGGAUUAGAAAGGUACGAGAGCGGACUGAGAGGUUGCAGAACGGACUCAAAGACGUGUACACCUGGAUGCAGGAGCGGCACAAUCAGCGCUGGUUCUUGGAUGGCCCGGCUGAAGCGAUCUCAAAUCUUCGCAGGUGGACUGAAGCCGGCAAGAUUCCUUCUGCGACUGACGACCAGAACCACCUGUGCGGCGCUCGAGCUUUGUUGACGUCUUUGCAGACUUGUCUGGAGGCGCAAGAUAACCUCAUGUUUGACGGGCGCAUCCCAAGUCCUGGAGACGCCGAAGAAAUGCUUAGGAAGAUGUUCAUCGAAUUUGACGACAUGUUGGCUCUGCGGCCAGUGCCAACGAAAAGCCCAGAGAACUUGAUGGAGCCGACGUCUGAGUACGCGGCAUUCCUGUUUUCGCGCUUUUCUGCCAUCGAGCUUGAGCAUGGCUUAGAUUCGGAAAUCUACCGACAGCAUUGGAACGAGGCCAGGGCACUCAAUGACUGGACUCCACGAAAGCUCCAAAUCGUGUUCGACUUCAUUGCGCAGGGUCAUGUGUUCCCGCUACCAGCCAUCGACCUUCGUCUGGGCGUGGUUACUAGAGACGUGGAUGAUAGUCGCAACAGCACCACGGCUACUGUGGACCUUUAUGGAGAACAAGAUGAGUCGAACACGAACGCUGUUGUGUGGGUGUACUACGACAAUGCUUCAAAUCCUGUUCCAGGCGCAACAUCGCAUUGGCGAGGAUUUGUUUCGUCUGCUGGAGUUGACGACGAAGCCAAUGCUAUGUUGAACUCGUGGUUCCAUGGCAGCAAAUUGCCUAGACCUCUUGGAGCUGUGCGUCCGGAGAGAGAGUUUGCCUUGGAGCCGCCACCUGCUCCUCGUGGAAGAGCAGGUCGAGGAGACCGGGGUGUGCGAGGCCAGCGUGGUGGGUUUGCUGGACGAGGUGGGCGUGAUGCUGUCUCAGACGAUGGUAGAGAUCCUCGUGAAACAUAUGGAGGCCGAGGAGAUGGUUCCGUAAUAGAAGGGGCAGCGGGCGUGCAAGAGGCCGAGCUGAAGCCGGGCAUCGUGAAACACGUUCUGAUCGUGGUGGAUCGAGAGGCUCGCAAGUCCUUGAGCAAGAUGCCGAGAGCCAAGUAG